AUGGCCGAAGAAUCUAAUAUUAAACCAUUGAACGAAGAACCAGAAGAAACCCCGGGAUAUAAGGCACCAGCACAAAAGUCCUUAGAUGAAAUUAAAAAUCUAGACGCGGAUGAUGAAAGUUUAGUAAAAUACAAGCAAUCGCUACUCGCCGGAGUAGAUUUGACAGCCGCACCAAAAGAUGAUCCUCGGAGAGUAAUUGUUGAAAAGAUGGGGUUAGUUGUCCAGGGUCGCGAUGACAUCGAACUUGAUCUCACAGGUGACUUGUCUGAGCUCAAGGAAAAGACUAUAGUCAUUAAGGAAGGCACCGAAUAUCGAAUCAAAAUCUUUUUCAAGGUGCAUCAUGAAAUUGUAUCCGGAUUAAGAUAUCAUCAUGCUGUGUCUCGUAAGGGAAUCUCAGUUGACAAGCAAUCUUACAUGGUUGGUAGUUAUGGGCCAAAAGCAGAAAUACAAUCCUAUUUAUGCCCUAGUGACGAAGCGCCUAAGGGUAUGAUAGCACGCGGUCACUAUGUUGUUAAGAGCAAAUUUAUUGAUGAUGAUAAGAACGUUCACUUAGCGUGGGAAUGGUCCUUCGAUAUUAAAAAAGACUGGGAAUAA